GGGAGAGGGAGAGGGAGAGGGAGAGAGAGAGUGACUCUCAGAUUUUUGGGUGCUCGGUUUGGUGCAACAAAUGGCACGGAUCGAGAAGGGACAGAUAUAGCGAGAGAGAGAGAGAGAGAGAGAGAGAGAGCUUGAAUAUCUCUAACAUGUCGAGGCUGACGCAGAGGAAGAACCUUGGAGGGGUGUUGAGGGCGUCGAUGUGCGGGAGACUAGGGGAUGGAGGAGGAGGAGGAGGAGGAGAGGAUCAACAACCGCCAAGAGACGAUGGUAGCCAUUACAGCCUCACAGGUGGCAUUCUUCCGCCACUUGGCAUCACCGCUUCCACCACUCGCCGCGUAAAGCUCCGCCCCUUCAUUGUCUCCCCAUUUGAUCCCCGCUACAGACUCUGGGAGACAUUUCUAGUAUUUCUAGUUUUCUACACGGCAUGGGUGUCUCCCUUUGAAUUUGGAUUCCUAGAGAAACCAAGGGGACCUCUUGCUGUAAUCGAUAACGUUGUCAACGGAUUUUUUGCCAUUGACAUUGCAUUGACUUUCUUUGUUGCAUACCUCGAUGAAACUUCUUAUCUCCUCAUAGACAACCCAAAGCAGAUUGCUUGGAGGUACACCAGGACUUGGUUGGCAUUUGAUGUCAUCUCCACAAUCCCUUCUGAGUUUGCUAGGAGCAUAUUGCCCCCUCCUCUACAGACAUAUGGAUACUUCAAUUUGCUUCGCCUCUGGCGUCUCCGAAGGGUCAGUAAACUGUUUGCCAGAUUGGAAAAAGACAGGAACUUCAGCUACUUUUGGGUUCGAUGUGCAAAGCUUAUAUGUGUUACUCUCUUUGCAGUUCAUUGUGCUGCCUGCUGCUUCUAUCUUCUUGCUGCACGUAAUUCUAACCCAAGUAGGACAUGGAUUGCACUUAUCUUGCAAAACUUUCAUGACCAGAGUUUGUCGAUCCGAUAUGUGACCUCAGUUUACUGGUCCAUCACCACUCUUACAACCACCGGCUAUGGUGAUUUGCAUGCUACCAAUACCAGGGAGAUGAUAUUCGACAUUUUCUACAUGCUUUUUGAUCUUGGCCUAACAUCAUAUAUAAUUGGAAAUAUGACAAACUUGGUUGUCCAUGGGACCAGUCGAACAAGGAAAUUUAGAGACACUAUUCAUGCAGCCUCGAGUUUUGCACAAAGGAACUGCCUACCUGCUCGCCUGCAAGAGCAGAUGCUUGAUCAUUUAUGUCUGAAGUAUAGAACUGAUUCAGAAGGGCUGCAGCAGCAAGAGUUUCUUGAUUCCCUACCUAAAGCAAUUCGAUCUAGUAUCUCACACUUUCUCUUCUAUUCACUUGUUGACAAGGUGUACUUGUUCCGUGGGGUAUCAGUUGACUUACUUUUCCAACUGGUCUCAGAGAUGAAGGCUGAAUAUUUUCCUCCCAAAGAGGAUGUAAUUUUGCAGAAUGAAGCACCCACAGACUUGUAUAUACUGGUUACUGGUGCUGUGGAAUUCAUCGUGAAAAAGAAUAAUACAGAAGAGACUGUUGGCGAGGCUAAGACAGGAGAUGUUGUUGGUGAGAUAGGCAUGCUCUGUUACAGGCCUCAACUGUAUACAGUCCGGACCAAACGAUUGAGUCAGCUGCUGCGUUUGAACCGUACUUCUUUUUUAAAUAUUGUUCAGGCAAAUGUUGGAGAUGGGACCAUAAUCAUGAACAAUAUUCUUCAGCAUUUGAAAGAGAUGAGGGACCCACUGAUGCAAGAAAUUCUUACUGAUACAGAGCACUUUCUAGGUCAGGGCAGAAUGGGUUUGCCUCUUAGUUUAUGCUUUGCAGCCACCAGAGGUGAUGAUUUACUGUUGCAGCAGUUGCUGAGGCGUGGCUCUGAUCCAAAUGAAGUGGAUAAUGGAGGACGGACAGCAUUGGUGAGCAGAUCACCUUUUUCUAGAUUUUUUAAAAUUUUUUUUUUUUUCUCUCUCUUUAAGAACAAUAUUUCAAUUAGGGACUGUGAGCUACUUUUUCUUUUGUUGCAACAGCAUAUUGCAGCAUCAAAAGGAAGUGAGAAUUGUGUAGUUCUACUUCUAGAGUAUGGAGCAGAUCCUAACAUCAAAGAUUCAGAAGGAAAUGUUCCCUUAUGGGAAGCAAUACUGGGGAGACAUGAAUCCGUGAUUAAAACUCUCACAGACAAUGGGGCAGAGAUAUCUUCUGGCAAUGUGGGCCAUUUUGCAUGCAUUGCUGUUGAGCAAAACAACUUAGAAUUGCUCAAGGACAUUGUCAAAUAUGGUGGAGACGUGACUCUGCCUAAGAGCAAUGGGACUACAGCUCUUCAUGCAGCAGUAUGUGAAGGAAAUACUGAAAUAGUUGAGUUCCUGUUGAACCAAGGAGCUGACAUUGAUAACCCAGAUAUCACUGGAUGGACACCUAGGGCUUUGGCAGAUCAUCAGGGCCAUGAAGAUAUCAAAGACUUAUUUCAGGCCAAGCAAGAAGAGGUCAAGAAACCACCAGCUGUCCCAGUACUUAAAAAGCAUCGAGGUGUAUCAUUCCUUGGGAAGUACCAGAGUGAGCCAAUGAUGCCUCCAUAUCUCCACGAAAGCAUUCCGCCUGCCGGGGAGGUGACAUGGUUGGAUAGUCGUCCAAGGCGAAAGGCUAACAAUUUUCACGAUUCACUUCUUGGGGUCAUGUCAGCUGCUAAUGCUGGUGUCACAGACCUUAUUGCAUCUGCUGGCAGUUUUGCUAGUGCCCGGAGUUUGAACAGCUUCCCAGCUAGAGUGACACUUAGUUGCCCGGAGAAAGGUGAGGUUGCUGGAAAGCUUGUGCUACUGCCUCUUUCCCUUCAAGAACUACUUGAUGUUGGUGCCAAAAAAUUUGGCUUCUCUCCAAGCAAAGUUUUAACUAAAGAAGGAGCUGAAAUUGAAGAUAUAGAGCUUAUUAGAGAUGGUGAUCAUCUUGUUCUUGUAAGUGAUGAUGGAAUUGGCAGUUCAAACAGCCACCAGACGGCCAGUUAGAGCUGAAAUUUGGCUUCUCUCCAAGGAGUCAGGCCCGCACCUAGACAACCCUGCAUCUACAUUUUGAGCUAUGGGUAGUUGGGAUUGGGAAGGACAUUGAUUUUUCAUAUAUGAUUUUUUUUCUUUUUUCUUUUUUUUUUUUUUUUUUUUUUUUUUUUUUUUUUUUUUUUUUUUUUUUUGCGUUGAAAUUUACUGUUUUUGUGUUUUUGGGGUUAUUGAAGGAAGCAAAGUUACUACUGAUGGAAUCGAUUGAAAAAGAAAAAUGCAGUGUUAAUUGUAAGGCUUGUAUCCAGUGUCCUGUCCUACACACAAAGAACGAAAGUUGAGGGUACAACCAGGGAUGGAGGGGGGACUAGUAUAGGCCAUGGCCCCCAAUUCCUAAGAACAAAUUUUUUUU